UGGGAAACGGAGUUCCUCCACGACAUAAUUCGAGCCCUCGCCUCCUUCGUCUCCAGCGCCAUCAAGAUGCCGGCUGUUCACCACAAACUGCUCCUGGAGGAGGCUCUGCAGGACAGUCCGCAGACUCGCUCCCUGCUCAGCGUGUUUGAAGAGGACUCCGUCAUGCUCACCGACUACACCAACCAGCUGCUUCACUCCAUGCAGCGAGUGUUCGGCGCUCAGAGUGAGAUGGGACUGGCCACCGAGCAGUUGUCCAAGCAGCUCCUGGACUAUGAGAAGAAGAAUUUUGCCCUGGGAAAAGGUGACGAAGAAGUAAUCGCCACUCUGCAGAACUUCGCCAAAACAGUCGGAGAGCUGAACUCGCUGCACGCCGACCUGGCCAACCAGAUGGCCGACAGCAUGGUCUUCCCGCUGAUCCAGUUCAGAGAGAAGGACCUCACAGAGAUCAGCACGCUGAAGGAGAUCUUCGGCAUCGCCACGGACGAGCACGAGGCGGCGAUGGUCAAGUACAGCAGGCUUCCCAAGAAGAAGGAGAACGAGAAGCUGAAGAGCGACCUGGUGAAGGAAGUGGCCUACACCAGGAGGAAGCAGCACCAGGCCUCGCUGCAGUACUACUGCGCCCUCAACGCCCUGCAGUACCGCAAGAGAGUGGCCAUGCUGGAGCCCAUGCUGGGCUUCACACAAGCCCAGGUCAGCUUCUUCAAGAGGGGGCUGGAGAUGGCGUCCAAGAAGAUGGACAACAUGCUGUCGUCCGUGUCCAGCAUGACCCGGAACAUUCAGAACCAGCUGGACUCCGAGGCCGAGGCCAUGAGGGUGGCCCAGAAGGAGCUGCUGUCCGUGGAGGACACCGUCUACAUGCCCGACAGAGACACCGAGACAGUCAACCGCACGCUCAUCCAGAAGGCCGGCUACCUCAACAUCCGGAAUAAGACGGGUCUGGUGACGACGGCCUGGGACCGGCUCUUCUUCUUCACCCAGGGAGGGAACCUGAUGUGUCAGCCUCGGGGGGCGGUGGCGGGGGGGAUGGUGCUGGACCUGGACAACAGCUCCGUCAUGGCCAUCGAGUGCGAGGACCGGCGCUACUGCUUCCAGAUCACGUCGCCCUCUGGGAAAACGUCGAUGAUCCUACAGGCCGAGAGCAAGAAGGAAUAUGAGGAGUGGAUCUGCACUGUCAACAACAUCUCCAGACAGAUCUACCUGACAGACAACCCUGAGGCCGUCGCCAUCCGCCUGAACCAGAGCGCCAUCCAGGCCGUCACGCCCAUCACCAGCUUCGAGAAGAGGCAGGAAGGCUCGGCCGACCCCGACAGGGCGAAGCCAGGUGGUGCCAGCAAUGGCUCCCAGAAGACCGGGCCCCCGGAACCAGAAGACUUGAUCGCUCCUGGGACGCCCAUCCAGUUUGACAUCAUGCUGCCGGCGUCGGAGUUCCAGGACCAGAACAGAGCCGGCGGGAGACGCACAAACCCGUUUGGAGAAACAGACGAGGACUGCUCUUCAGAGAGCGACGAUUCGCUGCUGCAGCAGGUGUUCGCCGUGCGCUUCCUGGGCUCCAUGGCGGUGCGCUGCGGCAACAACCAGGAAGUGAUCUACGAAGCCAUGCGGCAGGUGCUUGCAGCGCGAGCCAUCCACAACAUCUUCAGGACCACGGAGUCGCACCUGAUGGUCACCAGCAGCAGCCUCAGGCUGAUCGACCCGCAGACUCAGGUGGUGAGAACCAGCUUCCAGCUCAGAGACGUGUGUCAGUUCGCCGCCCACCAGGAGAACGGCCGGCUGAUGGGCUUCGUGGUGGAGGGCCGGGACUGGAGUGACGGCGACGAGGAGGGGGCGCCGUCGUUCAGUGCCUUUGUCUUCGAGAGCAACACGGAAGGAGAGAAGGUCUGCUACACCAUCAGUCUGGCCAAGGACAUCACAGAGGCCAAGAAGGACCCGGACGCUCUGGCUGAGCUGAUGAAGAACAUGCCGCUGACCAACGACGGCAAGUUCCUGCUGCUGGAGGCCGACGCCAGCGACGCCAGCAACGCAGACGGACCUGAGGACCUGGAGUCCGAAGCCUAGAGAGCUCAGGGACGGUGGCACUCCCCUGGUACUGCGGCGCUGUGACCUGGGGGUCAGAGGGCGUGUUGGAUUUUAGGAUGACUCAGCGUUUACUAAUCACCUGACCUGAACAAUCAUCCGUGUAUAGACGAUCGGUACUGACCCGUCAUCUAACCUGAGGGCGGGGUCACUCUUCUGCUUAGGUUCCGCUCUUCUUAUUGAACUUUUGCACUUCAGAGACUAAUCUGCACUCCGGGAGCUUGUUGUGAUGAGUCGGCAUGUUUGCGGCGCAUGUCUUACCUGCUGCGGGUCCUAUCGCCGUCAUUCCUACGAUGCUGUUGUACAGGUGCUUCCUGCUACUCUGAUGAAGAUGAUGAAGCAACACUAGUCAGGCCAGGUGAUUCCGACCGUGACCUGAAACUGACAGACAUGGCGUUAACCCUUGGCUCUCACUUCAUUUGUGUUCUGGUACCACGACCUUCAGAAGAGUGUGUCUGUGUGGCUUGGCUUGCAGCUGUUUCUUGGUCAGGUGGUGGAGCUUGUGUGUGUCUGUGCGUGUGAUGAAAGGGUGAAACACUUAGGUUUGAGGACGACAAACCAUGACAUCAUCAUCUCCUGUACAUCGCUGCUGGAAGAGCUGGUCAGUAAACUCGUCACCUAACUCUGAAUAAACACAACUAUUUUUGGACUAAA